AGAUAUUUUUCUCGUGGAACUGAACACAAUCGGGUUUAAGGCGACACCAUGAAGAUGCAUCCAAAGGUUCUGCUCACGUACCUUACCACUUCCAUCUUCCUCCACUUUCACGGUGUCAACUCGUACAACGCAAAGACCGUUGACAUCACGGAGAUAAUCGUGCCGGAGCAUCCCCGCAGCGGAGAUGACGUCACUCUCACCUGUCGCUUCCGGUUGGACGGCCACGGACAUCGCCUGUAUACGGUCAAUUGGUGGCGCGGCAAGGACCAGUUCUACAGCUACAAGGGAAGUAAUCCCGAUCCUAAACAGGCGUAUCACUUUAAUGGGAUUAAUGUUGCGAAGGACGUAUCAACAGAUCAGUCUGUGGUGCUUAAGAACGUCACAGAAGCCACUUCAGGAGAGUACAAGUGUGAGGUGAUAGGAGAGGGACCUUCCUUUCGAACAGCUGUCAGGGCCAAGCAGAUGAAUGUCAUAGCAAGAUUAAGUCAGUAUUAUCAGAAGGAGAUCACAGCCGUGGCAUCUAAGAACAGACGAUUCGGUUUUACAUUAAGAACUCCAACGCAAGGGCUAAAGUGGUGUUCAUUUAGCAGUUUGGAGACUGUUGGCCAAACAAAGGCUGAUGAUGAAAGAGUAACAGGGAAGAUAGUUUAUAAUCAUAGUGACAAUAGCACUGAUGGUAAUGUCUGA